ACAUCCAAACUCAGAAACUCGUCGAAAAAUUUGAUGCAGCAGGAACUGCACCCGGUCUCACACAUAUUCGACGCAUCACAACAGAUAUCGAUCCUGGAGGCAUGAGUGAAGAUCUAAGAGUAAGAUUAAUAGGAGAAAACGAAGAUGACGAACGAAUGGACAGUGGGGAUGAUGAAGAGAUUGAGAGUGAUGAUGCGUUUGAUGAGAGUGACGAGGAAAAGUAUGGUUUUUAUUUUCCCAGCAAUGACCAUGACGAGGAAGAAGACGCCCUAUCGACAUCGGAGGAUGCCCCGGAAGCUCUCGAAGAACUUCAAGACUUCAUAUCAACACUAGACUCCGCAGACGACAAAAAACGCAAAUCGAACGAUGUCUCUACACAGUCCGCUUCGAAAAAACGCCGCUUGAUGCAGGAGCGCACUGAGGCUGGAGAUGAGGGAGAAUUUGGCGUCUCUGUUCGCGGCUCUACAGCACUUAAACUAGACGACCUCCUUGCCCCGCUUGCAUCUUCGAGUGCACUCACGACGCUCAAAAAAUCGAUCAAGGUUCUCACUUCUACAUCAAACAAAACCAAAACCCUGUCGGCGCCGCUUCCUCAGCGAGCUCAAGAGCGUCUCGAUCGUGAAGCCGCUUACGAGCAAACCAAGGAGGAAGUGGACAAAUGGAGCGCUACGAUGAAGCGCAUCAAACAGGCAGAACAUCUGAGUUUUCCGUUGCAAGCACAGUCAGAAGGUCGCGUCUCCAACUUGGAGCUUGCAGCAAAAUUCAAGCCCUCGAAUGAGCUCGAGUCGGCUGUCGACAAUCUCUUAAAAUCGGCUCAACUUCGCGAUCAGGACAUCGCCGGAACUGAAGCUCUGAAGAUGGCUCAUCUAUCGGUCGAAGAGGUCGCAGCGCGGCGCGCAGAACUGCGCAUGAUGCGCGAACUUGCAUUCCGGGUCGAUAAGAAGGCGAAGCGAAUAGCGAAAAUUAAGAGCAAAGCGUACCGCCGCAUUCGAAAGAAACAGAGGGAGCGGUUGGGUGGUGAAGAAGGAGACGCGGAUGUGGAUGUUGAGGAUGCAGAAGCACGAUUGAAAGCUGAGGUGGAGAGGGCAAGGGAGAGGGCAACUUUGAGACACAAGACCACUGGGAAGUGGGCAAAAGCCAUGCAGGGACGCGAGGAGCUUGAUGUGGAUCAACGGCAGGCCAUUGGAGAAAUGCUGGAGCGCGGAGAGAAGCUUCGCCGUCGCAUACAAGGCGAGAUGAGCGGUGACGAGUCUGAGGAAAACGAGAGCGACGACGAAGAACAAGACGUGGAGACCAUCAAGCAAGGUGCAUUCGAAGAGCUGGCCAUGCUCAAUGCCUCCGACGUCCUAUCUGCAGACAUCGGAAGUAAGAGUGUCUUCAAUAUGAAGUUCAUGCGCGAUGCCGCCGAAAGGCAAAUCCGAGAAGCGGACGCAGCUGCGGAUGACUUUUUGAACGAGAUGGGAGGAGUGGAGUCAGAAAGUGACGACGACGCUUGCGGUGACAGAACAGUGACAGAAGGCCCGUCAGUUCAGCGCGUGGGCGGGCGCGUGGUAUACCAUCCUGGCACAAUUCCUUAUACUAAACCAGUCGACUCGCACGCAUCGGAGACCUCUAGUGUCACCCUCCAAUCCGCCGACCUGGUGCAAGACAGUCCCAAAAGUUUGAACUCCAUUUCUAGCCCAAUAAUCUCUUCUCCGACGCAGGAAAGCAAUCCUUGGCUCGUCACAUCAUCGUCUUCAGGCCCAUCCCGCAAGAGGAGCGAAGUCCUUGUGCAAAAGGGCUCUGACGCCCUUGCGAAGUCCACCAACAAACUUAAGAAGCGAAUUGCCAAGGGAGGGGAAGAGAAAGAACGUAUUCAGGAUGAUGCAGUAUUGGAGAUCGAUGCCGACAAUGUUCUCACCGCUCUUGAGCCAGCCUCCACACCGGCUGUCAUAAACACCAAGCACAAGCUAAAGGGAAAGGGAAAGGAGAAACCGAAGAAUGACAGUGUCGCUGUGCAGAUAUCACCUGCCGAUGCUGAUGACUCUGAUGAACAUAGCGAGGUGGACGAACAGGAGCGUACUCUCGAGAGGAAGCGCAAAGGAGGCAAAGGCAAAGGAGUGACUGCAUUCAAGCAACGAGAAUUGGUCACCCUUGCUUUUGCCGGCGAUAACGUCGUUCAGGCAUUCGAGGACCUGAAGCAGUCAGAGAUCGAAGCAGAUGCACCACGAGAAGUUGAUACAACUCUCCCUGGUUGGGGCUCCUGGGGAGGUACAGGCACCAAGAAGUUUCCACCAAGACCAAAUUUGAUCAAAAAAAUCGCUGGCGUCGAACCUUCGUCUCGAGCCGACUACAAAAAAGCACAUGUCAUCAUCUCUGAGAAGCGGGACAAAAAAGCAGCCAAGUAUCUCGUCAAGGAGUUGCCGUAUCCGUAUACCAGUCAUGCCCAGUACGCCCGCAGUAUGGACAUACCUGUAGGUGCCGAGUGGAAUACUAGAGUGGGGUUCCAGAGAGGAACUCUCCCUCGUGUUGUGAAGAAGAUGGGUACUGUCAUUGAACCCCUAGUAAAAGCAUCUUAGCUGGCGAUCUGUCGUUGAUCGAUGCAGUUUCUCAGUUGACAAGGAAAUUAUAGUCAAGUGACUACAAUGUGAAUGUGUAUCAUGUAGUGCCUGUGAAACAGAUGGAACGUGACUUCAUGGCAUUUGUUCCAUCA